ACUUGUGACUUCCUUCCCCCGGCCGCCCCAUACUCGCCUCCUCUCCUUCGAUUCAUCCACUGCUCCGGCCUCCUCCUCAUUCAUUCAUUCAUUCUCGUACCAUCGAGCGCUCGCACGCUCUAUAAAUCUAGCUAGAAGAGAGGGAGCUAGGCUGUACCACUGGCCACAUCUCUAGCUCAAGUCACCCGAUAGCACCGCACACCACAGCAGAUUGAGCAGAGCAGAGAGCCAGAGAGCAGAGGAGGAGGAUGGAUCCGCCCGGCGGGGACGACAAGUACUGGAAGCUGUCCAAGAAGGGGCGGAGCAGAUCCGGCAGGCCGCACGCCAUGGAUGCCGCCGGCACCAGCACCAUGCUCAGCCGGAGCUACUCGGCCAGCGUGAGCAGCACCAGGACUGCCACCACCAGCAGCAGCUCGUCCUCUUCCUCUUCUUCUUCUUGUCCACAAGCACAAGCACAACAACAGCAGCAAGGAGCUGGGCAGCAGUCGUCGCGGCUGUCCAAGAAGAAGUGCGUGGAGGCGGUCAAGGAGCACCGGGCGCGCUUCUACAUCGUCCGCCGAUGCGUCUCCAUGCUCGUCUGCUGGCGCGACCACUAGCCGGCCGUACGUAGACAAUGCAAUCAGAUAGACCUAGCUAGCUAGCUGUACUACAAGUAAUAGUGACUAGUAGAAUAUAAUCCUCCAUGGAGGUUCCAUUUUUUCUUCUUCAAUUCCUACCUGAAUCGGAUCGGACUAGUGUUUUUUCCUUGUUUCUUUGGCCGGUUAAUUAAUUAAUUUGUGUAUGUACAUAUAGUAAGUAUAUAUAUACUAGUAUUAUAGAGGAAUCAUAUAUCCAUACAUCCAUCCAAGGGGAGCUAAGCUAGCUAGCUGAUGGAAUACAUUACAAUAGCUGGCAGCAAAGAUAUAUAUGAUCCAUCUAUCUUAGUAGUUUUGAUCCCCUUGGACUGGACUGGAUAUAUCUAUAUAUCCUUUUCUUUCUUUU